ACUUUAUCACAGCCAAACAAAUAUUUGUGGUUUUCCAUGAAGAGUGGUUCUGUGUUUUUGGUGGUAGAUUAUUUUCCACUGCCUGAUGAUCUGAUCUGACAGGGCGGUGUGGUGAAAAAUCAAGGGCUGGGCAGGGCUGGGCAUGAACGUAUGCUAGUGAGGAGUGGUUCAUGAAUCCUCCGUCGAGGCGUGUGCUGCUCCACCUCCUUCACUGCUGUUGAAUGAAUUGGCUUUUCAAGAUCCCACUUUCCCUUCAUCUGGGUUUUGCUUGUUCCAUGAGCUGAACACUUCCUGCUUUCUGGGGGAGAUGAAAUAUGGAAAGGAACGGAUUGGAUUUACCAUUUCAGUACUCUGGAUCCACACAAUCAGAUGAAUCAGCUUUGGAUUUGGAAAGGAACUACUGUAAUUAUGGUAAUUUGCCAUCAUCAAGUCCGUCACCACUGCAAGCGUUUGCCUCAGGCGGUCAGCUUUCUGAGAGCAACGCCGCCUACUUCUCAUGGCCUACCUCGAGUCGAUUAAAUGACUCAGCUGAAGUUAGGGCAAAUUACUUCGGGAACCUUCAGAAAGGGGUAUUGCCAGAAACGCUUGGACGAUUGCCAUCGGGGCAGCAAGCAACCACCUUGCUCGAGCUGAUGACAAUUAGGGCAUUUCAUAGCAAGAUUUUGCGUCGGGUUAGCCUUGGCACAGCAAUUGGGUUUCGGAUUCGACGGGGUGUGUUAACAGACAUACCAGCUAUUCUUGUCUUUGUUGCUCGAAAAGUUCAUAGGCAAUGGCUUAGCCACAUCCAGUGUCUUCCGGCUGCUCUUGAGGGACCAGGAGGUGUAUGGUGUGAUGUGGAUGUUGUGGAAUUCUCAUAUUAUGGUGCACCUGCACCAACUCCUAAAGAACAAUUAUACACUGAGCUUGUCGAUGGCUUGCGUGGCAGUGAUCCUUGCAUUGGUUCAGGUUCUCAGGUUGCUAGCCAAGAGACAUACGGCACCUUGGGUGCCAUUGUAAAGAGUCGAACAGGAAAUCGACAGGUUGGUUUCCUCACAAAUCGGCAUGUAGCGGUUGAUUUAGACUAUCCAAACCAGAAAAUGUUUCAUCCUUUGCCGCCCAGCCUGGGACCUGGGGUAUAUCUGGGUGCUGUGGAGCGAGCAACAUCAUUCAUCACGGAUGAUCUUUGGUAUGGCAUAUUUGCUGGAACAAAUCCAGAAACAUUUGUUCGAGCAGAUGGGGCCUUCAUCCCUUUCUCUGAAGACUUUAACAUAGCAAAUGUAACUACAUCUGUAAAAGGUAUAGGUGAGAUUGGUGAUGUCAAUAUUAUAGACUUGCAGUCUCCGAUUAGCAGCCUCAUCGGACGGCAAGUGGUGAAAGUAGGAAGAAGCUCAGGCCUGACUACUGGGACCAUAAUGGCCUAUGCUCUAGAAUACAACGAUGAGAAAGGGAUUUGUUUCUUUACAGAUUUCCUUGUUGUUGGUGAAAAUCAGCAGACAUUUGAUCUUGAAGGUGAUAGUGGGAGCCUCAUUCUUUUAAUGGGUGAGAAUGGAGAGAAGCCAAGGCCAGUUGGGAUCAUUUGGGGUGGGACAGCUAAUCGUGGAAGGUUGAAACUAAAGGUUGGUCAACCUCCUGAGAAUUGGACUAGUGGAGUAGAUCUUGGACGGCUUCUUGACCUUCUUGAACUUGAUCUCAUCACGACCAGUGAAGGGCUUCAAGUGGCAGUGCAAGAGCAGCGAAAUGCUUUGGCAGCAGGCAUUGAUUCGACAGUUGGAGAGUCAUCUCCGCCAGAACGAAUGCCCCAAAAGGAUAAACCCAAAGAGAAUUUUGAGCCUCUUGGUUUGAAUAUCCAGCAAAUUCCCGUCGAAGAUGAGCCUGUCCAAGGAGUCGGAGUGCCACCACCUUUUCUGCAAACCAAGUUUCAGAUAGAUGAAGUUGAAGUAGCUCCCAGUGUAGAACACCAGUUUAUUCCAAACUUUGAUGGUAGAUCUACAAGGCAUCCCAACAACCAGCAUGAAUACCCAGGCGUAAGAAACCUUUCAGCAUUAAGGAGUAGCUCCGAUGAAGAGAUUUCAGUUUCCUUGCAGUUAGGGGAGCCUGAACCAAAGAAAAGGCGGCAAUCUGAUUCACCAUUAAGCAUGGAAGAACCAAAGUGAAGUUGAAUAGAGGAGCUGGUUUUUUCCGCUUGCAGAAUUUCUUUUGGAGAACUGAUUUACAAUGAGCACUGCUCCUGAAUUGCAAGUGUUCUCGAAGCUUGGGCUCACACCUCCGAGUGGCUCAAUUAAUUUUUUCCCAAGUUUUGGGUAUUACAGCUAUAGGGUAGAUAUUGGAGUCAUAUAUUGUUUAAUAGGUAAAAUGUUCAGAUGGUAAGGACCUUUUUUCUCCCUCAGAUUUGUAUUUUGUAUCAUUCUGGUCAAGUUAUUGUACCAUAAAACAACACUCUUGAAGUUGGGAGCACCAACUGCUAUUGCAAGUUGAAAUAUGUGAAAAGGUUACUUAGUUGAGCCA